ACCGGAGUCAGGAUAGGAGGUCCUCGACAGCUCUUGAGCAUUUCCCAGCGGGGGUGGACCCCUCGAAGUGAGCCCCCUGUGGCUCUACUGGUUCCUGCUGGGCAGGAGUAGCUGCCAGGAGAGCUUGGCGAGUGCAGCCCACCUCGGUGGAGGACGCCCCGCCCCAUCAGCGGCGGGCCCCGCCUUCAGCUUCAAAGCCUACUUAGCGCUGGAAGAGCCUCCCAAACUGGUCUUCCGCUGGACCCCAGAAGGCGAACUAGCCCAGGAGACCACGACCUGACCUGAGUUCCACUCAGUGCUCCCGGAUCUCCCAACAGACCCCUGCCCCGCCUGCUGUCUCUAAAAUCCGAGACCUGUGCCACAACCGACUCAGCUCAGCCCGCCAUGGCCCAGUUCCUGAUGGUCACGGUAACCCUCGGUUGCAUCAGCCUCCUCUACCUGCUCCCGGGCACGCAGUCUGGCGGCCCGAGCAGGGGAUUGAAGCUUUCCAGACCCAGAGAAUCCCCAGCAAAGAUUCCUUCCAGUGGCCUGCAGCCUGGACACUCUUCACUCCGGAAGCCUCAUCAUGCCCCCCAGCCACAGGGAAGGGGCAACCCGACCCUUGCUAUGCUUCAUCUGCUUCAGGGUGCUGGCUCACGACACCCAGGUCCCCUGCGACACUUGGAACCUCGAAGACCCCACGUCCAGCUUCUGCGGGUGGGCUGUGUCCUGGGCACAUGCCAAGUGCAGAAUCUCAGCCACCGCUUGUGGCAGCUGGUCCGGCCAGCUGGCCGGCGAGACUCAGCUCCUGUGGAUCCCAGCAGCCCCCACAGUUAUGGCUGAGGUGGGUCCUGAAUGGUCCACCUGGAGUGCUGUACUCUAAUCCCAGAGCUGCAGCCCGAGCUCCACAGCCUGGCCCGGGUCUCUGGAGCUCCUGCUGGCAGCGAUUCCUCAUGGCUUUGGAUACUGUAAACCUAAACCUAUGAGGAUACGUGGAUCUAGACGCUGCACCAUCGGGGGCCUGUGCCUCCCAGAACUGUGCACACUCGGGAAACAGAUGCUUGGCCGGAGUGGUGACAGUAUCUCAAGCCACAGGAAACUUGAAAGGAGGAGUGUGUCUAAAGAGAUAGAGCAAAAGCUAGAGUCUUAAACAUAGCCCCUCCCACAACCAAGCAGGAGAAAGGCUAGAGCGGCCCCUUUGACCCCCCACCCCCUUGGGAAUUAAAGCCUAGCUGUGAGCUAAA